GAACGGAGCCGAGUGUGUGUGUCGCCCUUGUCGUUUUUACAGCAGCUGAAACACCGUCCGGCCGCCGAGACCUGCUCAGAAAAUGAUGCUCAAACUCGUCCAUCUCCUCGGGAUGCUCGUCUGCGGCAGCCAAGCCGCCCUCCAGGUGUCCAUAUCCCUGAACAAAGUGGAGUUAAGUGUUGGAGAGUCUAAGUUCUUCAUCUGUACAGCUAUUGGCGAGCCAGUGAGGCUGGACUGGUACAACCCCCAGGGUGAACGCAUCGUCCCGUCCAAGCGGGUGGCACUCCACACGGAGACGUCACGCUCCAGACUCAUCAUUUACAAUGCCAUCAUUGAGGAUGCGGGCAUCUACCGCUGCCAAGCCACCGAUGCCAGCGGCCAAAGCCAGGAGGCCACUGUGGUGCUGGAGAUCUACCAGAGGCUGACGUUUCGGGACGUACAGUCGCCCCAGGAGUUCCGCCACGGUGAAACGGCGGAGGUGGUGUGUGAUGUCAUUAGUUCACCAGUGCCCGUAGUGGUGUGGUACUACCAGGACAAGGAGCUCACCGAGGAGCACCACAGCAGGUUCCAGGUGCUGCCCAACAACAACCUACAGAUCCAUCAGGUGACCAAGGCCGAUGAGGGUGUGUACCGCUGUGAGGCCAGCGUAGAGGCCCGUGGAGAGAUCGAUUUUGUGGAUAUUGCGGUGGUGGUGAACGUGCCCCCGGUGCUGUCAGUGUCUCAGCAGUCCUUCAAUGCCACCGCUGACUACCAGGAGUCAGUCACCUUCACUUGCAUCACCUCCGGAUCCCCUGACCCAGACGUCACCUGGCACAGGAAAGGGCAGCAGCUGGAGCAGUCGGAGCAGUACAUUUUCAACAAGCUGGAGGGCGGCCGGAGCACGCUAACCAUCCGCAACAUCCGACAGGGCGAUGGGGGCACCUACUCUUGCAAGGCCACGAACAAGGCAGGAUCUGAGGAGAGGGAACUCUUCCUCAAAGUGUUUGUCCAGCCCCAUAUCACCCAGCUGAGAAACGUGACAGCAGUGGAGGGCAGCGCUGCCAUGAUCUCCUGUGUGGCUGAGGGCGAGCCGCUGCCCGACAUUUCCUGGAGGAGAGCCAGCGACGGGCAGACCUUCGUCGAUGGAGACAAGAGCCAGGACGGACGCUUCGAAGUUCGCGGUCGCCAUGGCAAGUCAAUGUUGACCAUCAGCGGCGUGAGGCUCUCUGACUUGGGUCGCUUUGACUGUGAAGCCCUCAGCAGGAUCGGAGGCCAUCAGAAGAGCAUGUUCCUGGACAUUGAAUAUAUACCAAAGUUCUUGACCAACCACACCAUCUUCUACUCGUGGGAGGGGAACCCAGUGAACAUCAGCUGCGACGUGAUGUCCAACCCUCCCGCCACCAUGCUGUGGAGGAGAGAGCGCUUCACCAUCUCUGCCGAGGGAACCGCAAACACGAGGGUGCACAGCGCAGAGGGCAGGUCUCUGCUGGAGGUGACACCCAUGUCCGACAGGGACUUUGGGCGCUACAACUGCACGGCCCGCAACAACAUUGGCGUACGAUACCAAGAGUUCAUCUUAGCCCAGGCAGACGUGCCAUCGAACCCAUACUCGGUGCGUCUGUCAGCUGUCUCCCAGCGCCUGGCGACCGUCACCUUCAUGAAGCCCGACUCGCAUGGCGGCGUGCCCAUCAGCUACUAUCUGGUCCAGUACAAAGAGGUUGGCUCGCAGGACUGGAGGGACGUGAAGUCACACAGCGUCCAGACGACAGUGGUGCUGACAGGACUGGAGCCCAACACGACGUAUGAAGUUCGAGUGGCGGCCGUCAACGGAAAGGGUCAGGGAGAGUUUAGCCACACGGAGACCUUCCAGACUUUACCCAUCCGAGAACCGAGCCCCCCAGCGGUGCACGGGCAGAGGGGAAUGGGCAAGGCCUACCGACUGGGGCUGGUCAAGCAGGAUGAUGGAGGAAUGCCCAUUGUGGAGUACAUUGUCAAGUACAAGACUGAUAAAGAAGAACAGUGGAUGACCAAGCUGGUUCCAGGAGCAAACGAUUUCGCCAUGCUGCAGCCGCUCCAGUGGAACACGCGCUACGAAGUGGAGAUCACAGCGCGCAACGUGAAGGGCCUGUCGGAGCCCACCUUCUAUCAGUUCUUCAUGCCCCAGAAGCCCGACAUUACAGCAGAAUCCCUGUUCAGCGGCCUGGGGCUGGGGGCGGUGGUGGGCCUGGGCCUGGGAGCGCUGCUCCUGCUGCUGGUGUUAGUGGACGUCAGCUGCUUCUUCCUGCGCCAGUGUGGCCUGCUGAUGUGCAUCACCCGCACGCUGUGCAGCAAGAAAACAGCCACCAGCGGCAAGGGCAAAGAGAUAGAGGAGGGCAAGGCCGCCUACCUGAAGCUACCGCUGAAAGAAGAAAAUGGGAAAGAGACUCUCAAGCCAGACACAAUUGAAAUUAAAGUGCACAGUGACAACAGCAUCCACACAAAGCCAGACGACAGCAAAGCAUAAAGGGAUGGUCCCCUCACCACCAAAAGAACAUUCGGAUCAUCCCCCAUGAGACCAAAACCCAGAGAAACUACAACACUGGAAAAUAGUGGAGAAAAAUACCAUAUCUGUUUAUAACAAUGCCCCGAUGAAAGGCAUGUGUAAAUACAAAUAAUAGAGAGAAAAUAGAAAGGAAGAAAGGGUCAGCCUUUAAAACACCCUGACUGAUAUAUGUAUUAUGUUCUUACAAACAUGGCAUCAGUGAAAGGCUCUUGUUGAUCAAUGAUUGUAUUUUUUUCUGCUGAAUUUUCUUGUCUACUUUUAUCGUUUACACUGCUCAUUGCUAUUGUUUCCCAAAUGAUGUUUUACUCUCCUUUUUUUUUGUGCACCCACAAGAAUCCGGCGCAGAUCAUGUUGAUAAAUCACAUCCCCGGUUCCCGCCUGUGACUCC